AUGUUCAACGCCUCGUCCGACUUUCAGCAUGUACAGGUGGUUGAAACGGCGCCUUUCGGGAAGACUCUGGUCCUCGACGGGAAGACGCAGUCCGCGCAGCUGGACGAGUUCAUCUACCAUGAGACGCUGGUGCACCCGGCCAUGCUGGCGCAUCCCAACCCAAAGCGGGUUUACAUCGGGGGGGGAGGAGAGCUGGCCACGGCGCGAGAAGUGUUGCGGCACAAGUCGGUGGAGAAGUGCGUUAUGGUCGACUUGGACAAGUUGGUGGUGGAUACCUCGAGGGAUGUGUUGCCGGAGUGGGGGGCGGGGGUGCUCGACGACCCACGUCUGGAGCUCCACUAUACCGACGCACACGCCUUCCUCCGCGAGAGCGAGGACAUGUAUGACGUCAUCAUCAUGGACAUCGCCGACCCUAUCGAAGCUGGCCCGGGGUACAUCCUAUACACGCAGGAGUUCUACAAGUUCGCAACGACGAGGCUUUCUCCAGGGGGGGUGCUGGUCACCCAGUCCGGUGCUGCCGCGGUGCACCUGAAGGACGAGUGCUUCACCGUCAUCCACAAGACACUCAAGUCCGUCUUCCAGCACGUGUCCAUGUCGGUUGCCGACGUGCCGUCGUUUGGCUGCUGCUGGGGCUUCAACCUUGCCUCGGACUCGAGCACGUUCAAUACAGAGGAGUACCGCCGGAAGGAGGUGGCUGCGACGGACUCGGACAUCGAGGCAAGGAUUACAGGGACCCUGCGGUUCUACGACGGAGUCACCCACGGCGGACUUUUCGGGGUCCCCAAGUGGCUCCGGGCGGCGGUAGAGGAGGAGGAACGCAUCAUGACCAUCGAUUCCCCUGUUUUCAUGUACUGA